AUGAAGGGCUAUUCCUCGGUGACUAAUAUUGCCAAGAAGUACCAAAAUCAAUCUCUCCCAUUGUGGAUAGGAGUUAAUUGCAUUUCACCUUCAGCAAUACUUGCAGCUACGGUGGUUAAAGCAGUGGCUGCUAUGGAUAGAAAGACACUUCAAGAAAUGAUUUCUUCCACCGACAAUUUGAAAGAGGUGAUGUUAGAUGAGAAUGAUGUGGCAGAGGCUGCUCUUUAA